AAAAAUCUGUGGUCAAUAUUAAGCAGUAUUUUUCCAAUAAAUGCGGCUCUUAUGGUGAAUAUAUGUAUUUAAUUUCUGUUGGUAUUUAAUUAUUUCUUGUAUUGCAACAAUUGAAGGUUAUUUAUGUAUGUGUGUAUACAUAGAGAUGAGAUGUACCUUACGUUUGUAAUUGGUAAAUAACACCUCAUUAACAAAUUCAACUCAACUUCUUUCUCAAGAUAUUGGAGUUCUCUAAUAGAACAAGGAAACUGGGUGGGGUGUUUGUAAAUGUCAACUUCACUUUUAUAUUAAUUAUGUAUAUCACUUGAUCAAAAAUAGUCAAUACGAAUGAUUCUUUGCGUAUGUUUUAAAGUCUAUUAACCUAUCAUUAAAAUGUCGCUAUGAAUAGAUAUGUUGUUAGUUUCUAAACAAUAUGGAUUAUGUGAUAGAAAAACGAAUAUUAAGAGUAUAAAUGGGGAAAUAAAUCAUAGUGAUGGACACUUUAUUUUCUUUUAAUGGUAAAUUAAUAAUCAUUAAACUUCCAAAAGGAAAGACCAAAGUAGCAUGCAUCAUCAUCAGUGGCAGAGCCACAUUGUGUGAGAAGGGGGCAUUUGCCCCCAACAAUUUUUUAAAAUUCCAUGUAAAUCUUUCAAUAAAUUCAAUAUGCCCCCAUUGUUUUGAUCAAAUAUACUUCUAAUCCAUCAACUAAUUUUACUCAUGCCCCCAACAAAAAAAAUAUCUGCUUCCGCCCCUGAUUCAUCAUCCCUUAAGUUGUACCGAUGGGAGCCAUUAUCUAUAAUCUAAACCACACAUAUCUGGUCCACUUUUGUUUGUCUUCUAGUCUCUAAGUCUUUGCCACAAAAUUAAGAUAAUUUUAAUAUAAUGCUCUCAUCAUUGUAGAGAAUGAGCUCAUCAGAUGCUUUUUAUCUUGAGAUUAUACCUAUGUUUGAUUCACCCAAUUUUUAAUUUCAAGUGGUAUCUUGUAUUCCUGGUUGACCAAUAAGCUUACCUGAAGCUGAAAAAUAACUAAAUGUUUAAAUCACAUUUUAUAAUUUCAGUUGAAUUAUUUGAACUUAAACCACGACUUUUUUUUUUCCACGACUUGGUUUUGGUUUAUUAGCAGUUAGAUUUUUUUAGAGUAGCUCCAUCUAUAUCACCCUGACGAAUUUAACAAAAUUUACAUGGUCGUUCAUAUAUAUAUAUAUAUAUAUAUAUAUAUAUAUAUAUUACAGUCCAUCAUCUGCUGGAAAUUGAGUACAUAAUUAAUGUGUGGAUUUUGUAUGUGUGAAAAUCCAGUUUAUUUUUUCAUGUGUGCAUAGAAAAUCAGAUAAUCUGAAAAUGAAAUGGAUAUUCUAACAUAAAACAGUAUUUCUGAGUUUGUACAAAACAAUUUUGAACAAGAUGGAAUGGGAAGUGAGGAAUAGUCAUGUUCGAGGAGGCUCUUUGAAGCAUCAAGUGGUGGUAGAAUGUCUCGAUCCCUAUAUAAUUUAAAUUUCUUUUGGCAUAAUAUAUAAAUCUAAGCAAUAAUUGGCUGGUGGGGUAUAAUAUUCAAUCACUUUAGCCCAUUCUGUAUCUAUUCAUAAUCUCACUCAACUUUAAACUCCAAACUAAAAUUUAGAGUACAAUAUUUUUCAGUCUUAUUUUAUGUUUAACUCCAAAAACAGAACAAAGAGCAUAAUUAUUUCAAAUAUAAAAUUAUGUAUAUCAUUUUUUUCCAUUCAUACAUUAGAGAUGUUCUCAUCAUACUUGAUUUUUAAUUUAAUCAUGAUAUAAGAAUAAAUAUAUAUUAUUUCGCUGAAGGUUUGAUAAAUCAAUUCUUUGUUUUUGCCAAUACCUCAAAGGCUCAAUCUAAUAUAUAACCAACCACACAAAAGGUGACCACUUUUGUCAUAUGUUUCGCUUUCGCCUAGUUCACGAGGAGUCGGGUCCACUAAUUGCUCAAUUAUUUAGCUUAUACAAAAAAAGAUUCUCACUUUUGCUCACAAUUUUUUAUAGCAGAAAAGUAUAAACGGGCCUAAUAAUAUAGGCCUAUAAAUUUGGGCUAAUGUAAAAAGCCCAAUAAAAAAGUCCGGUAAAGAAGAUCAUCAUCAUCAAACGGAGGCUCAAAGGCGCGUCAAAGAUUGAAACUUUCACGUGUUCAUGCUCCAACCUCGUCCCUUAACGACUUCUUGAAUUCUUUAACAAUUUGCUGUAUCUUCUUCCACUCUCCUGAAAAACGUGGAGGAAAGGAUCUGCAUUUGCUUCAAGCUCAACGUCGUUGAGGUUUUGAGAUGGAAGAAGGGAACCCUAGUUUCACAGUGGAUGAAGCACUUGUGGGGAUUGGAUUUGGCAAGUUUCAACUCUACGUUCUUGCUUACGCUGGAAUGGCUUGGGUUGCUGAGGCUAUGGAGAUGAUGCUCCUCUCUUUCGUUGGACCUGCUGUUCAGUCGCUGUGGAACCUCUCUGCACGUGAGGAGAGCUUGAUAACUAGCGUCGUUUUUGCUGGUAUGCUCAUUGGAGCUUACUCUUGGGGCAUUGUUGCUGACAAACAUGGCCGCAGGAAAGGGUUUAUAAUAACUGCUGUGGUGACUUUCCUAGCUGGUUUCUUGAGCUCAUUUGCACCAAACUACAUGUCCCUGAUCGUUCUCCGCUGUCUUGUUGGUCUGGGACUGGGAGGAGGUCCUGUUCUCGUCUCCUGGUAUCUCGAAUUCAUCCCUGCGCCAAACCGAGGGACUUGGAUGAUUGUUUUCUCAGCUUUCUGGACCGUUGGAACCAUCUUCGAGGCUUCACUCGCUUGGCUAAUCAUGCCAAGCUUAGGUUGGAGGUGGCUGCUCGCACUCUCUUCCGUACCUUCAUCGCUGCUUCUUGUCUUCUAUAGGUGGACGCCUGAGUCUCCUCGGUACUUAAUCCUCCAAGGCCGGAAAGCUGAAGCUCAAUCCAUACUCCAGAAGAUUGCGAGAAUGAACGGAACCCACUUACCUAAAGGUGUUCUCCGCUCAGAGAUUGAAGAGAAGAAUAAAAGCCUUCCAACAGAAAACACUCAUCUCCUCAAGCCUGAAGAAGAAUCUAAUAUAGUAGUAGCUGACAACAACGGACAGAACUUUAUUUUGCUAACUCUUCUAUCUCCGGAGCUAAUCAAACGGACUCUCCUACUAUGGGUUGUAUUCUUUGGAAACGCCUUUGCUUACUACGGCGUUGUCCUUCUCACCACCGAGCUGAACAAUUCCCAAAACAGCUGCCAUCCAACAGGAGAAGUGUUGCAACAUUCUUCAAACGAUGUUAACUACAAAGACGUUUUCAUCGCCAGUUUUGCAGAGUUUCCAGGGCUACUAAUAUCAGCAGCAAUGGUGGACAGGCUUGGACGCAAAGUGACAAUGUCAUCAACGCUAUUCCUCUGCUGCAUCUUCCUUCUUCCUCUGUUAACUCACCAACCACCAGCCAUAACCACAGCUCUUCUCUUCGGCGGCCGUGUCUGCGUCUCCGCAGCCUUCGCGGUGGUUUACAUCUACGCACCGGAGAUAUAUCCCACGGCGGUAAGAACGACCGGAGUAGGAGUGGCUAGCUCUGUGGGGAGAAUAGGAGGAGUGCUAUGUCCACUAGUAGCCGUGGGGUUGGUUCACGGAUGCCAUCAGACUGUGGCUGUUCUUCUCUUCGAGGUAGUGAUGUUUGUCUCAGGAAUCUGCGUUUGUCUCUUCCCGUUCGAGACCAGUGGUCGUGAGCUGACGGAUACUAUCUCUACAUCCAAGAAGCCACCUUCAUCUUCAUCUUCUGUAUAGCCGAUUCUUUUUAAAACCACAUUGUAAAUGUUUAGUUGUUGAAGGAAACAGAGCAAGAAAAACAGAGUAAUUGUAAUAGAAAGUUUACACACGACAGCUUUAUAGAAAUGCAGAACAUCCAGAGAUUGGAUCUAUAGUUUUUUUUUU